CUCAAAUGGUUUUCUAUAAAAUGGCAACUGAUAAUGCAUUUUACAUCGAGGCUAUUAAUAUCAACAAUUCUCAAGCCAUGCAAGGCAUACAAUAUCGUUUAUGGGGUAAGAAGCCGACAAUGGGAAUUUUCAUGGAUCUAAAUUGCGAGAGCAGUGAAGCGCUCUUGGAUAUUGCUAGCAGAGAGCGACUCUUCAACGAUCAUUUCUUCUGGUUAAUCUAUGAUGACCUGGCCAAUGUAACAUACUUUCGGGCGCUCUUUACGCACAUAAAUCUCGCUGUUGAUGCCGAAUUAACCUAUGCCAACUUGAAUAGCAUAGAAAGUGCCUCGAAUAGCUCCAGUUUUAGCGCUUUUACACUGUACGAUGUCUACAAUAAUGGCUACUAUUAUGGCGGUAAAUUGAAUAUGACAUUGGAUCGUGAGCUUUAUUGCACUGAGAAGGGCUGUGAAGUAAAUAGAUAUCUUUCCAAGCUACACUUACGCAGCAAAUACGGUAAUAGGAAUCAGCUGCAUGACAUCACUUUGCGUUUGGCUGUUGUGGUCACCAAAGUGCCUUUAACCGCUACACCCGAGGAAAUAUUCACUUUUCUACGUUCCGUCAAUGACACCAGUAAAGAUGCUAUACCACGCUUUGGUUACCAGGUGUUAUCCAUUUUAGUAGACUUCUUGGGUUGCAAGUCGAAUCACACUUUCACCAAUCGCUGGACAAUCAAUGAAACACAUGGCGGUCUAAUCGGCGCUUUGGCUGUACAGAGUGCCGAUCUUAUUUCCACACCAUUCAUUCCCACACCACCUCGCAUGGAGUUCUUUACCAUUAUCGCGGAGACCUCAUCAUUUCGUUCGAUCUGCCUCUUUCGUACGCCCCGCAACUCCGGUAUACAGGGCGAUGUGUUCUUGAAACCCUUCAACACCACCGUCUGGCUACUCUUCGGUUUGUUACUGCUUUUGACAGCUGUUGUACUUUGGAGCAUUUUCCGACUGGAACGGAAACGCAUGCACCAGCGUUAUGUCGACUAUAUGCCCUCGAUUUUGGCUACAUUCCUCAUAUCCUUUGGCUCGGCCUGCGCACAGGGUAGCGAGAUGGUGCCCGGUUCCAUUGGUGGACGCAUAGUUUUCUUAACAUUGUAUCUACUAACUUUUCUAAUGUACAACUAUUAUACGUCCAUUGUUGUUUCGUCGUUGCUUGGCUCGCCGGUGAAGUCUGAUAUCAAAACAAUGGGCCAGCUGGCAGAUAGUCCACUAGAAGUGGGACUCGACCCUUUGCCAUUCACGCUAACCUAUUUGAAUAAUUCUCCGCUACCAGAAGUACGGCGCUUCAAACGCAAAAUCGACUCCGCACCCAAUCCGCAGGCCAUUUGGAUGCCCUUGAAGGACGGAAUACUGCGCGUACGCGAUCAACCUGGUUUUGUUUUCGGGUUUGAGGCCUCAACUGGCUAUUUGCUAGUCAAACGCUACUACAAGCCAUAUGAAAUCUGUGACUUGAAUGAGAUACUAUUUCGUCCGGAGAAAAGUUUGUUUAGUGCGGUACAUAAGAACUCAAGCUUCAAGGAGUUGACCAAACAAAGAAUUUUUCGCAUCUUGGAGACUGGCGUUUCCUUAAAGUUGCACCGCUAUUGGGUUCAAUCGUCACUGGAGUGUUUCGAUAGCAAUUUCAUAGUUGAAGUUGGUAUGGAAUAUAUGGCACCACUCUUUAUGCUGUUGUUGUGUACUUACUUUUUGGUACUCUUCAUAUUGUUAUUGGAAAUUGUGCAUAAGAAAUAUUGGGUAGAUCGCAAACUGAGAUUGGAGAAUAUUAUCUUUGGUGAUAAUUGGCAUAAUGAGUAA